AACAACUCCAGUUGAAACAUCCACCAUUAUCACAGCAGAACCAUAUACAAUAACAGAGCACUCCACAAUCACAACAACUUCUGCAGAAACAUCUACCACUAGAGCAUCAGAAACAUCUACAACAAAAGAUUCUUUCCCAAUCUCAUCUCCUCCUGCAAACUCCACCUUUAGUGCAACUGAAACAUCAAAAACAAUAGAGACUUCCACAGUCACAACACCUGCUGAAACAACCACCAUUAGUGUAGCAGAAACAGCUACAACAACAGACACUCCCACAAUCAUAACAACUGCAGCUAAAACAUCUAUCACUAGUAUAGCAGAAAAAUCUACAACAGACACUUCCACAAUCAGACCUGUAGUUGAAACUACAGGAUUUUCCACAACAUCUCCACAAACAACAUCUACUGCAGUUACUUCUUUGAUCCCCACUUCAACCACUAUUGAAAGCAGCACUCUCAGUGUAGCCAAAACAUCCACAACACCAACAGCUAUAACAACACAUUUUUCAACAGUGACAUCAACUCCUGCUAGAACUACUACUGCAGUAGUUUCCACAACAGCACGACAGACAACAACUACUGCAGAAUCUGUUGUGAGUGCUUCUUCAACUACUAUUGAAACCACCACUGUGAGUGCAGCCACAACACCAACAGCUACAACAAAUCAUUCUUCAACAGUGACAUCUACUGCUGCUGGAACUACUACUGCAGUAGUUUCCACAAAAGUGCCACAGACAACAUCUACUACAGUUCCUUUAGUGAGUACUUCUCCAACAGCUAUUGAAAGCACCACUGUCAGUACAGCCACAGCAUCAACAGCUACUACAACACAUCCUUCAACAGUGACAUCAACUGCUUCUGGAAAUACUACUGCAGGAAUUUCAAGAACAGCACCUCAAACAAUAUCUUCUGCAGGAACUUCUGUGAUUCCCUCUUCAUCCACUAUUGAAAGUUCUGCCGUCAGUACAAUCAUAACAUCCACAAUACCUACAUAUACAACAACAGGGCCAACUACCACAACAACUUUUGCUGAAACAGCCACAACCAGUGGAAUAUUUAUCACAUCAGUGCCACAAACACAAACAUCUUCUCAUGCCUCAGCCACUGAAUUUUCAACAGUUACAACAUCAUUCAUACCAGGUUCUGCUACUAGUGGAGCAGUAACCAUGACUUCACCACCAACUUUUAUUUCAUUCUCUCCAUCAUCAAAUAUCUCUGACAGCUCAACUGUUAGUAGCAUUGAAACAUCCGCAACAACAUCAACAACAAACGGAUUCUCUGCACUAAAAACUGAAAGUUCUGUUUCUAAUUCAGCAACUCCCUAUUCAACUACCAUUAACACUAUGCCUGGUAGCACAGCUGGAACAUCAACACAUUCAUUUGCAUCAACCACUAAAAAAACUACUCUCUCAACCAGUAAUGCAACAAGACCCUCUACAUUUAUAGCGCCUACGACUACAAAAUUUGUACCUGUGUAUCUAACAGAUCUGGUGUUCCGCUCUUUGGACAUAUUUAUAGUGGAACUCAAUGAUUCAAACUCGCAGGCCUUCAAGUCAAGAGCUGAGCUUGUCAGAUCUCAGCUUAGACCAGUCUACAGAGCAAAAUAUCCUUCCUUUAUUGAAGUGAUUGUCUUGCGUUUCAGACCAGGGUCAAUCAUCACCGAAACACAACUAAUUUUCAACUCCACACAAUCUAUUCCAACCAUUCAAGAGAUUUCAGACACCCUCUUUACAGCAGUGAUAAAAGGAGAUGUCAACCCCCUGAAUAUAACUCCUUAUUCAAUUUCAGUCAAUGGUUCAGUUAUAAACAUGACUACUUCAACUACAGCAUCAACAACAACAACAGCAAGGACAGUGAUGACAACAACAACAACAACAACAACAACAACACUGAUGACAAAAAGAAGACCCUUGACAUCUACAACUAAAGUGCCUACAACUACAACUACACAAUUUAUACCCGUCUAUCUAACAUCUCUGGUGUUUCGCUCUUUUGACAUAUUUAUAGUUGAACUGAGUGAUGUAAACUCUCAGGCCUUCAAGUCAAGAGCUGAUCUUGUCAGAUCUCUGCUUGAACCAAUCUUCAAAGCAAAAUAUCCUUCCUUCAUCAGAAUAAUUGUCUUAAGUUUCAGACCUGGGUCAAUCAUCACGGAUACAGAACUAGUUUUUAAUGCCACGCAAGCUCUUCCUACCGUUCAAGACAUUGCAAACGCUCUCUGGACAGCAGUGGUAACAGGAUCUGUCGAUCCACUGAAAAUAAUCCCUAUAACAGUUUCAGUCAAUGGUUCAGUUAUAGCUACGACUGCGGCUGCAACUACAACUACAAUUGCAGCAACAACUACAGCUUCAAGUGGACUGAAGAUUGAAUCCAGCCUUCUCCAAGCAACAUGGCUCAUUUUUAUGGCAAAAAUAUUAAAACUUUUCCUAUAGAUCCCUUAACAAUGAUUGCAAGUUGCGAGAAAUACAAGGCAUGUGCACGGCACGAAUCAUACUUGUAAAUUAAAAUAUUUUUGUAUUAGUAUGUGUAUUAUGUUUAUUUAGUAUUGUAGCACACUCUCAAAAUAAUGGUGAUGGCAAUAUAAAGUUUAAAAUAUGAUAAAAUAAAAAGGUAUUUAUAUAUAAUACUGAGAUAUAUCAGAAAGUUGUAGAAAUCAAUCAAAAAAGUUAAUUUCCUCAGUAUUUUAAAUGUAAUGCUUUUGUUCACUUUUCUGCAGGUUAAAGACUGUUUAUACUGUUAUCUUUCUUCU